GCUGUUGUUCCCUCCGCCACCCAACUCUUGCGAGCGCAACUCCUUUCCACAUCCCGUGCAGACUCUCGGGCUGUAUUUAUCCUAUUUACGUGUAUAUCUGAACCACAUCACAAGGGCUAGUUUACCGUUCGUUCUAUUCAGUCUCGGUCGUUUUGCUCUCAAAUCUAUUAUUCUCAUAACUUCGGCUGUCGCAUGGGUAACAAGCGACAUCAAGAUCUCGCAAAGGUGAUCGAGGAGAGAGAUGCGCAGAUCGCAGCACUCGAGCUCCAGCUGCAGCUCACUGCCACCCACGCAUCUCAGAUGCACGCUAGGCUGCUAUCCGCACUCGACACCAUCGACUCGCUGCACAUCACGCACAGGAAGGAGAUCGAAGCGGAGAGGCGCAGCGGCGAGCGGGUGCGCGACAAGCUCGAGCGCUGCCUUCGGUACAUCAAGGAGGCCCAGGGGGACUGGGAUGAUAUACGAGAGGCACUGGCCGUGGUGCUAGAGAAAGUUGAGGCUGCGAACGACUAUUCGUUGUGGCCUCACAGUCGUCUGACAUUGAUGACCCCUCUAGACCCCAUUCCCACUCGCACCACCGGUAACGCAGAGCAAGCUGACGCUGACACACUGAACUACGCCAAAGCCAUCGUCGCAUCGCUGAGGUCCGAGCUCGAAUCAGAGCGACGCGCGCACGCACAGACGCGCGAACACGCCGAGGCCGAGGUCCUAUCGCUCACCGCCCGCCUCGCGCGCAGAGAGGCAGAGCUCGAAGCCCGUGAUGCCCACCUCCCAUCUCCACCGGAGCCUUUAGAGGACGAGCUAUUACUCCAUGGGGAAACGCGUUCGCCAGGGCGACCAACAACGAGCGACCGGGAGCGAGCAUCAUCUCACAAGCCACUGCGGUACACGCAGGAACAAGCGGUCCAGAUCCUCGAAAUCUCCGCGUCGCGGAACCGGGAGCUGGAAGCCGAGGUAAAGGGCAUAUCUGAGCGCCUGGAACAUGCCCGGCUGAGCGAGAGCACUUCCACGCGCCGCGCCAACUCGUCUCCGAGCCUCGUCUCUACUGCUGUAAGUUCGCUUUUGGCAGGAAAGUCUCCCCCUGCAGAGCCAAUGCGCACCAGCGAAGCAGUCGCUGCCGGUAACACCUACCUUGCCGUCCAAAACGUGCAUUCGCAACUAUCUCCCGUGGUGAGCAUCCCACCCAGCCCAGGCUUGCACGCCCGCUCGGCCCAGUUAUCCCCCUCGCCCUACACCCUCCCCCCGCUCAACCUCGCCGCGGCCGCGGCCACCGCGCCAAACCCACCUGACAGCUUGCUCGAACGCUGGCCAGAGCUGCAACGCCUGAACGACGAGAUCAAAUUAUUCUCGUCGCAAAUUGACGCGUUCCACGCGGAGCGCGAUGCGCUGAAAACCACAUUGGCUGAUGGCAAGGACAAGAAUCUGAACGGUGCUGUCAAAGAACCUAAUGGCGAUGAGGAACGUGACAAAGAGUGUGAGAGGCUGAAGGAAACGGUGAACGGACUGAAGCGCGCGAUUCGUGGAACGCGGGAAUUCGCCGAGUCACGCGAGCGUGAAUUCCGCGACGAGAUUGCGGGUUUGCGGCUCGAAUUGGAGGAGGCGACGAAUCCGCCGAAGGUCGACGCCAGCGCAGCCGCCGAGGACGUCGCGGUGCAGACUGAUGCGCUGGAGGAGCCCGCGCCCGCGCUGGCCGGGACUGGGACUAGGGCGGCAUCAGCCGUAUGGACAGGGAACCUGCUGAACGGCGAUGAAGAACAGCCCAUGGAUCUAGCAUCGCCCCUGCUGCCUACAAUUCUCUCCGUGCAUGAACCUGAAGCUCGACGGUCUUUGCCGCAAGAGACCGCCGCCCCCUCGGAAGGUCCACCAGAGCCGCCGACAAACCUUAGCCCGGACAUCCCUUCGUGGUUGUUACCCUCGGUAUCCUCGCCCCCGCUGGGAGAUUUACUCCCGGACUGGCCCUCCCUCCUCUCUCCCCUCAACCUCGAGCAGGAGAUCCCGGGACACGAGCACGGUGCGGUGGAGGGAGGGCGGAUGGAGGCGAUCGAGAGGGAGCUGGCGGCGGCGAGGGAGGAGCUGCGCGACAAGGAUACGCAGCUGGGUGAGCUGAGGGAGGUGAUGGAGGAUCUGCGGGCGGUGGUGUACGCGGGCGCGGAGGACUCGGACGCGAAUGCGGACGCGGACGCUGACAAUAGUGGGGCCGGGAAUGGAGACGAUGGUGGAUAAGCUCAAGGUUGUGCCUGCGUUGUGCGAUGUAACAUAAUUAGCUACACCUGAACGAUGAACCUUUUUUCUGUUCGGUGUUCGGUGUUCGGUGUGUGGUUAUUCGGAGGUGUGCGUUCUUCCUGAUACAGAUCCGUGCGAGUGCGUUUUUUCCGUUUGCAG